CAGCCUGAGAGAGGAAGGGAGAGCACCAUCUCCACUCUAUGGCAGAACUGCUACCAGGACCAGGCAGGACCAGCCCCAGAUGUGCUACAAUGGCUGAUUUUUGGUCAAGAGAAUAAAAUCAAGUUCACAGCCAGUGUUGGGAUUUGGGGCUGAGAAGCUUGCUGUCUUUGGAGUUAGGCAACUAGGUGUUCCUGGGGAACGGCUCUUAGGAUGUCAUUGGGGCAUUUGGUGAAAGGUGGAGAUUUUGUGUGCUCCUGCCACAGGUGGUGUUCAUUCCGCCAGGUGUGUGUGGAGGCCAGAAUGAAGCUGAAAAAGCAGGUGACAGUGUGUGGGGCUGCGAUCUUCUGCGUGGCGGUCUUCUCACUCUACCUCAUGCUGGAUCGAGUGCAGCACGAUCCCACCCGGCACCAGAACGGUGGCAACUUCCCCCGGAGCCAAAUUUCUGUGCUGCAGAACCGCAUUGAGCAGCUGGAACAGCUGUUGGAAGAGAACCAUGAGAUCAUCAGCCACAUCAAGGACUCCGUACUGGAGCUGACGGCCAACGCAGAGGGCCCGCCGGCCCUGCUGCCCUACUACACGGCCAACGGCUCCUGGGUGGUGCCACCAGAGCCCCGGCCCAGCUUCUUCUCCAUCUCCCCUCAGGACUGCCAGUUUGCCUUGGGGGGCCAGGGGCAGAAGCCAGACCUCCAGGUGCUGACUGUAUCAGAGGAGUUGCCGUUUGACAACGUGGAUGGUGGCGUGUGGAAGCAAGGCUUCGACAUCUCCUACAGCCCCCACGACUGGGAUGCUGAAGACCUGCAGGUCUUUGUGGUGCCCCACUCUCAUAAUGACCCAGGCUGGAUCAAGACCUUUGACAAGUAUUACACAGAGCAGACCCAGCACAUCCUCAACAGCAUGGUGGCCAAGCUGCAAGAGGACCCUCGGCGGCGCUUCCUCUGGGCAGAGGUCUCCUUCUUUGCCAAGUGGUGGGACAACAUCAAUGCCCAAAAGAGAGCAGCAGUCCGAAGGCUGGUGGGAAACGGGCAGCUGGAGAUUGCAACAGGAGGCUGGGUCAUGCCUGAUGAAGCCAACUCCCACUACUUUGCAUUGAUUGACCAGCUCAUCGAGGGCCACCAGUGGCUGGAAAAAAACCUCGGUGCAACCCCACGCUCUGGCUGGGCAGUGGACCCCUUUGGACACAGCUCCACCAUGCCUUACCUGCUGCGUCGUGCCAACCUGACUAGCAUGCUGAUUCAGAGGGUACACUAUGCCAUCAAGAAGCACUUUGCUGCCACCCACAGCCUGGAGUUCAUGUGGAGGCAGACAUGGGACUCAGACUCCAGCACAGACAUCUUCUGCCACAUGAUGCCCUUCUACAGCUAUGACGUCCCCCACACCUGUGGCCCAGAUCCCAAGAUCUGCUGCCAGUUUGAUUUCAAACGCUUGCCUGGAGGCCGCAUCAAUUGCCCUUGGAAGGUGCCACCCCGGGCUAUCACGGAGGCCAACGUGGCUGAGAGGGCAGCCCUGCUUCUGGACCAGUACCGGAAGAAGUCCCGGCUGUUCCGAAGCAAUGUCGUCCUGGUGCCACUCGGUGAUGACUUCCGAUAUGACAAGCCCCAGGAGUGGGAUGCCCAGUUCUUCAACUACCAGCGACUCUUUGACUUCCUCAACAGCAAAGCCGACUUCCAUGUGCAGGCCCAGUUUGGCACCCUCUCUGACUAUUUCGACGCUCUGUACAAGAGGACAGGGGUGGAGCCAGGGGCUCGGCCUCCCGGGUUUCCUGUGCUGAGCGGGGAUUUCUUCUCCUACGCGGACCGGGAGGAUCAUUACUGGACAGGUUACUACACUUCUCGGCCUUUCUACAAGAGCUUGGAUCGAGUCCUGGAAGCCCACCUGCGGGGGGCAGAGAUUCUGUACAGUCUGGCUGUGGCCCAUGCCCGCCGCUCCGGAAGGGUUAGCCAGUACCCGCUGUCCAACUUCAUCCUUCUAACGGAAGCUCGGCGCACGCUGGGCCUCUUCCAGCACCACGAUGCCAUCACUGGCACCGCCAAGGAAGCAGUCGUGGUGGACUACGGGGUCAGGCUUCUGCGAUCCCUGGUCAGUCUGAAGCAGGUCAUCAUCAAUGCAGCUCAUUAUCUGGUGCUGGGAGACAAGGAGACCUAUCACUUUGACCCUGAGGCGCCCUUCCUCCAGAUGGAUGAUACCCGCCUCAAUCACGAUGCCCUGCCAGAGCGCACCGUCCUCCAGCUGGAUUCCUCACCCAGGUAUGUGGUGCUAUUCAACGCCCUAGAACAGGAGCGGCUCAGCGUGGUGUCCCUGCUGGUCAGCUCACCCUGGGUGCGUGUGCUCUCAGAGGAGGGCCAGCCCCUGGCCGUGCAGAUCAGUGCGCACUGGAGCUCUGCCACGGAAAUGGUGCCCGACGUCUACCAGGUGUCUGUGCUCGUGCGCCUGCCGGCCCUGGGCCUCACCGUGCUGCAGCUGCAACAGGGCCUGGAUGGGCACCGGAGCCUGCCCUCCUCUGUGCGCGUCUACCUACACGGCCGACAGCUGUCCGUCAGCAAACACGAAGCAUUCCCUGUGCGCGUCAUUGACUCUGGCACCACGGACUUUGCCCUCAGCAACCGCUACAUGCAGGUCUGGUUCUCAGGCCUUACCGGGCUGCUCAAGAGCAUCCGAAGGGUGGACGAAGAGCAGGAGCAGCGGGUGGACAUGGAGUUCUUCACCUAUGGCACCCGCACGUCCAAAGACAAGAGCGGAGCCUACCUUUUCCUGCCUGAUGGCGAGGCCAAGCCCUAUGUCCCCAAGGACCCCCCUGUGCUGCGUGUCACUGAAGGCCCUUUCUUCUCAGAGGUGGUUGCCUACUAUGAGCACAUUCACCAGGUGGUCCGGCUUUACAAUCUGCCAGGGGUGGAGGGGCUGUCUCUAGAUGUGUCAUCCCUGGUGGAUAUCCGGGACUACGUCAACAAGGAGCUGGCUCUGCGCCUGCGCACGGACAUUGACAGCCAGGGCACCUUCUUCACCGACCUCAAUGGCUUUCAGGUACAGCCACGGCGGUAUCUGAAGAAGCUGCCUCUCCAGGCCAACUUCUACCCCAUGCCCGUCAUGGCCUACAUCCAGGACACAAAGAACCGCCUCACUCUGCACACUGCACAAGCCCUGGGUGUCUCCAGCCUUGGUGAUGGCCAGCUGGAGGUGAUCUUGGACCGGCGGUUAAUGCAGGAUGACAACCGGGGCCUAGGCCAAGGGCUCAAGGACAACAAGAGAACCUGCAACCGUUUCCGCCUCCUGUUAGAACGGCGAACUGUGGGCUCAGGCCUGGUUUUUUUCUCCAAACUGGCAGUCAUGUUUAGGGGCUUGAUCCCUGCCCCGGCAGCAGCAGGACACAGAAAUGUCCAAGAUGGCCGUUCUACCAGCUACCCAUCCCUUCUCAGCCACCUGACCUCCAUGUACUUGAACACCCCAGCACUCGCCCUGCCUGUAGCCAAGAGGCAGAUCCCAGGCCCUGGUUUGCGCUCAUUUCGUCCUCUGGCUUCCCCACUGCCCUGUGACUUCCACCUGCUCAACCUGAGGACACUUCAGGCUGAGGACGAUGCCUUGCCUUCAGCAGAGACUGCACUUCUCUUACACCGCAAGGGUUUUGACUGCGGUCUUGAGGCCAAGAACUUGGGCUUCAACUGCACUACAAGCCAAGGCAAGGUGGCCCUGGGGAGCCUUUUCCAUGGCCUGGAUGUGGGUUUCCUGCAGCCAACCUCCUUGACCUUACUGUACCCUCUAGCCCCGCCCUCCAACAGCACCGACAUCUACUUGGAGCCCAUGGAAAUUGCCACCUUUCGUCUCCGUUUAGGCUAGGGCUUCUUGUGGCCUGAAGAAAAGUUCACCCACAGGGACUGCCUUAACAUGAGAUCAGGUUGGACAAGCCACAUUGAAUACCCUGUCCCGAUCUGCUUCUCAGAACUGUGACAGACUGGGCCCUGCCCUCAUUUUGUUUAUUGUUGCUUCUGUGUUUGGGGGCAACCUGCAAGCCCAGUGCUGUGUAGAUAGGGCAGAUGCUGGUGAGAACAAGGAAAGGCGGCCAUUGGUCAGAGUGGGUGGUGCCAUACUCAGCUUUGGGGUGUGAGUGGCUGGCCAGCUGGGCACAAGCCUCAAGCCACCAUCCUCUUCCCAAAAUGGGAUGUAGAGGAAGCAGGGACAGGAGAGGUCAGGGGAGGCUAAGUGUGUAACAGCCCAGCACCAGGGUCACUGUAGGUGAGAGCUGGCUCUAAGGGGAGUGCUGUGGGUGUGUAGACUACUUAUCCUGGUGUGACAGGCAGCAGCAGUGUGACUCUGGAAGUUGGGGGUAGGGACCCAGAGUUAGCAGUUGGGGUGGAGGAGAAGGAAUCCCCAUUUCUCCUAAGAGAAGGCCCAGCUGCUUUCCGUGAGGCUCCACUCAGUGCUCCCCAGCCUGCACGCCAUGCCUGGGGGUGCAGUGCAGCAGGAAGGACUCUGUAAGGACUGGACACUAUGUUGUGGCCAGAGGACACUUCAGGUACCAAAAUCCCAUCUCAUACUGGGCACUUGGUCUGUGUGAUUUGUAUGGUGACAGCAGGUGUGGGGUGUCCUCUGCCCUACCUGACUCUUGCCUUGGUUCCCGUGCUCUGUACCUCACUGUCCCCAAGAGCCCUUUCCUGUCAUACGGGGUUUCGCUAGUAAACUUCCUUCCCUGGAAAGAAAGUGAAGCCUCUAAGACCCCAUGUGCAUGGGCACCUGGAGAAGGCUUUCAGCAGAGUCCCUAUAGUCAGGCCUCGAAGCUUCACCUCCAGCCAUCCUUCCCAGAAGCAUUCAGUUCCUGGCACAGGGCCUAGGGCUCUGUAGAGUCAGUUAGGAGGCAGUAUGGCUGCUUGCCAGCCUUUAUUUCAGCUUCAAUUAAUAGAGAAAAAUUUUUGAUAGUCUCUAUAGAUGCUGAAAAGAUACUUGGUAAAAAUUAAAAACCAUCCCUUGUUCAAACUCUUAGUAAGUUAAGACUAAAAAGAAACAUCCUAAUCUAAAUAAAGGUCUCUGUCAGAAACCAACAGCGAAUGGCAUCCUAGAGUCAGACACCACAGACAUGCCCAGUGAAGUCAGAAACCAACCAGGGCACUGCUCGCCCUGAGGGUGAUGAGGGGUUACCAUUGUCAUUAUUUGCAGAUGAUAGAAGUGCCUACCUAUAAAAUCUAAGCAAAUCAGCUGAAGACUAAUAUAAGCAUUGUGUAAGUCGACCCAAAUGAAAUGCAUAUCAUGCUCUUGUAAAGAUUUUGUUUCUCCACAAAUCAACCCAUAAAUUCAGUGUAAUUCCAGUGAGAAUGGAUACUUUUUGGAAUUUGAAAGGUUCUGAAGUUCAUUUGGAAGAGGAAGUGUGUGAGAAUACUAAGACAGUUCUGAAAGAUGCUGGUGAGUUGGGGAGGUGGGAUAAGAUACUUCUUUGCCAGUUUUCCAGAAGGACUAUGCAGCUAAAAAAGAAAAACCAUGGGUUAAAUCAGUAUGGAACUGGAGUGGGCUCAGAUAGACCACCUGAUGGAACAAAACAGGAUCCAGAAACAGACCCAGGUGUACAAGAAUUUAGUUUAUGAUAAAAGUGGUAGUUCCAAUGGGGCAAAAAUGGAUUAUUUAAUAAAUAGUACUCUGAGACAACUGGCUGUCUAUUAAAGUAAUAGAGCUCUACCUCAUAGCUUAGACAAAAAUUCUAGGUGGAAAAAAAUAAAACUACAAAAUUACUGAAGAAAACAUAGGCUAUCUUUA